CUAACGCGAAUCUCAACGUGCUUGGUGCUCCUUUCAUUAUGUAGGAUCUGAGGGAGGAGACUUCCUUGGAAUUCACUUAGAACAAAGGAGUCCGUCGAAAGAACUCGGACACCCUUCAUUAUCGUUUUUUUUCUAGCUGACAUCUAUUCUAUCCGUUUUCCAGACUGCCGCCGGCACUCUUCACUUGUUCGAGGUGGCAAUGGAGUCGUUUAGGAACCUCCAAGCUUUCCAAGCAUCGUCAGCAUUUCCUUCUCAACCAGCGUAUUCUGCUGAUUCGGCUACAUUUUGUAACUCCGGAAGUCAGAAGACCAGUAAUAUGGCUUCUGAGCAGCUGUCAUGUGAUCUGCCUGGCACCUUCGCAACUGAACGGUGCGUCCCCCCAUCCAGUGACAAUUUUCAGCUCCAUCCCGACCACGAUCUUGGAAGUCUGGCGUCCAUACUCAAGGAGGACAAUGCUGAAGUUCUGAAUGCAACCUUGAGGUCGGGGGGCCAGGAGAAUGGCGCCAACAUGCUUCAGAAAGUGGCUGCUGUAUUGCAUCACGCUGUAAAGGCCGAUGCGGUGAGCUGUCUCGCGUUUCUUCUCGAGUGGAGGACGGAUGAUGGGCAAAGGCUCUCGCUUGAUCACCUGGACGACAAUGGCGUGACUUGUUUGAGAAAUGCUGCGGUCAACGGAAGUGUCCAGUGCCUUGAGUUACUCCUGCGUCGAAGAGCCAACCCGGAGUUGAUAUGCAAAGACGGCAAGCGUGCUGUUGAUGCAGUUUUGGAGAUCAUCGGGAUGAAAUUACAACCUCUUGAGAUCAAGUCCCUGGAAAAUUUGUUCAGCCGAGUGAACAUCCAGGAAUUGAAUGUCGUCCGUUUGCUCUUCAAGCAUUCGGGAGAUGCUCGAAGGCUGGUUCUGGACCUAACUUGGAGUGGCAUAAUAGAAAAGUUUGGCGCUCUUCUGCUUGCUGUGGGGGAUUCGCUCGUUAACAUGGUGUUUCAACUCAAUGGAGAGGACACUGCGUUAGCUGACAUGCUUGUGGACAUUGCACUUCUGUCUGCAGAAAGCCGUGUGUCAGCUUAUGGCUGGCGGCUGAGCCGCGAAGUUGCAAUGAAAGAGCUUGAGCUGAUUGCACUGUGGAGGCCGAACUUGAACAGGACAGACGAAAGACCACAGGGUUUUAGACCUGACUCCAUUCCCACACCUCCUAUCAUCAAGGCAGCACGGGCUGUUGACGCUGAUCUCGUCCGUAUACUCAUCAAUGGUGGAGCUUCAGUAUUGGAGACGGAUAGCCAGGGUGACAGUGGACUCCACUGCUGCCUCCGUUCCUCUGCUGGAACCAAUCUCAUCGGGGUCGUCUGGAAGCUCAUAGAGGCAGGGUCAUCUGUUUCCUUGGGAAACAAUGAUGGAAUGACGCCUGUACAUAUUGCUGCUCAAUUUGGGCACUCGGAUCCCUUGAAGAUUAUGGUUGCAAGAGAGCCUGCAGCAGUGCAUUUGCUGACAGUGGCACGGGAGACCGCUUUGUUCUGGGCUGUGCGGGGUAAUCAUACCGAGUGUGUGAAGAUACUGCUCGUUUGGGGAGCAGACAGACUCUGUACAAACUUCAGAGGUGAGCGUCCUUGGGAUGUUGCCACAGAGGAAGGGAGAAGGCUUUUGGAGAUGGAAACUUCGACAGGCCCUCCGGAUUCUGUGGCAGCACGCUUGCAACAGCUUGCUAUGCAUGGUGCUCGAUGCUCUCUUUUGAAGACAAAGAGAAAGAAGGGUCGCUCAAUAGAUUUCGACUUGCCAUCAGCACCACGCUUCCUUCCUCCACCAAAGACAGAGCUUUGCCGGUAUUACAGGAUGGCUGGAGGAUGUGUUCGUGGGGACGCCUGCCUUUUUGCUCAUGGUGAGAGGGAGCUACUCCGUCAUGGCGGAUUGAGUGAUUACAAAGUGGACCAACAGCUAGAGAGAAACGGAAGCUUCAAAAGCGCUCCAUACAAGCAAAAUCCUGAUGAGCUGGGGAAGAAAAUAUUUGUUGGUGGAUUGUCACCUUCAGUGGAAUCAGAGGACCUAAGGGAGUAUUUUGAGGAGCAUUUUGGGCCAGUGGUGGAUGCUGUGGUUAUUGGGAGUCAGUCAGGAGACCAUGUUCAAUCCCGUGGAUUUGGAUUUGUCACCUUCAAGUACGAGCAGUCUGUCACUGCUGCAGUGAAGGAGCACUACGUGAUUCUUUUUGGUAAAAAGGUUGAAAUCAAGAGCGCAAUCCCAAGGCCGCUGAUGAUAGUAGCAGGGAAUCAGGUGCCAAGUGUGUCAGAACAGAAGAAAGCACUGGAGCUCAGCUGUUCGCUCUCACCUAAUUCCUGUGAGAGCUUCAACAGCUCAGGUCAAGGAAGUGCCAAUUGCGAAAGCUCCGUGACUGACGAGUCAGGCACAGGAGAAGGAAUGGAAGCACCACCUGUUUAUGAAGGUCCACCUCCUCCCUGGCUGAUUCGGCUAAGGGAGUGGCUGCCUACCUUCCUUCAACAGGUUUCCAGUCGUCUGAAGGAAGGGGAAUGGUAUCCUCUGUCUUCUCUGAAGGGUGACUUCCGUGCAACGUGUGGCAUGGAGCUCGAUCACCUUACCAUUGGGUAUCCCAAGCUAAGCGACUUCGUCCGUUCUUUGGCUGACAUCUGCCGCAUGAAGAUCGUACCUGUAGGCCGAGGUCCUGCAACGCAUAUGGUUCUGCUACCUCCAGUGGGUCAAGGCACAUUUGGUGGAGUUCCUGCUGGACAACACGCACCACCCAGCACGUCUCCACAUGGUUCCGGAAUGGGAGACCGAACAUCUGAUUUGGAGCAGCCUAUUCAGUCGUUCAUGGACAAACCCAGGUUCCCAUUCAUCCCAACGAUUCAAUCCAAUCCUUUUGGAAGCAUUUCCCCUAACGUCGACCUGAACUAUGGCUCCUUUCACGCGAAUCUUCAGGCAUCAGCGUUUCAGAUGCUCCAGAAAGGUCAGGCGAUGCCACUCGAAGCAGGGAACAUGUCGGCCUAUGAACGCCUUGCUGCUCUGGCGCAGAGGAUGCAUCGUCCCAGCAGUGUCCCUCCUGUGAUCCGGGGUCACCCAGAGCAUUUCAACAACUUCAAUCCCACCAUUCAGCCACCAUCACAUCACGCUGACCCGAUAGCCCGCCCGUCGCCGUCCGCAGCUGAACAGGGUUCGCUAGGUCACGAGCAUGAAGACUCACGGCUGGCGUUCGACAUUCUAAGCUUCCUGAACGACGACCCUGCGGAUAAGCCCGGAUCUCUCACUCCUGAAGUGCGGAAUCGAUCGAUGAGCUGUCCCGCGCCUGACCCGACGAUGCUGAAAUCGCUAAACAUGUUCAACGUCAACGAAAUGUUCGAUCAAGCGAACGCGAAGCCCUUCGCAUUUUCUGGAACCGGGCUGCUGCCGAUGGACGCUCCUCGACCCGUUCUGCAGCAAUUCGUGCCGUUGGCUGCUCAUGGCAACCCUUCUCCCGGCUCUGGCCAGGAAGAAACGACUACCAUCGACGCACUCUCGAAGCUGCAAGAUCCGUUCCAUGCCGACGUUUCGGCAUUCUAUGGACUCCGCGACAAGUCGCUAGUCGCGGCAGAAUAUUCCCAGCCAGUGCUGGGAAACAACACGAUUGAUUCAGCUCGGAAACCUCCGAGCCAUGUCAACGGGGGAGAGGCUCUUUUGUUGCAUAAACCGUUAGAGCCGAGAGCUCAGGGUGCCUACAACAUGUGGGCCAUACAAAACCCACAUGGUCAACCGAAACAGGCUCCCAUGCUGUCAUCGAACUGCUUUCACCCCUACCAGAGUCAGGAGUUUCGCCCUCAGCCACCAACGCAAGUCCAUACUCCAUGGAUGCAGCAGCAGCUUCCCCCUAUGGCCCCUGGACUGAUGCGACCGCCACUCCCUGUGUCGAAACAGAUGCCACUGGGGCAAAACUUCCAGCCAUGCAAUCUGAUGGAUGCGCGUUCCCUGCUACCCCAGCAAUUGAAUCUGUUGGGAGGCGGCGAGGAGGUUUGCAUGGUUUGCUGGGAGCGUCGAGCUCUGUGGCUGGCUCUCCCUUGUGGUCAUCGGUGCACUUGCACUGUGUGCAAAGAUGUGCUCCAGCAGCGUGGUGGGGGGCAUCCUUGCUGCGCAAGGUGCAAGAUUCCUGUGGAGCGGUGGAUGGCACUUUGAGGCGCGGCUGUUACCAGUACAAGCUGAAAGAAAUGCGUUUGUUUACAUUUGUUACGUUACGCCCAUAUUUUGGCAUUAUUGCUAGUUCCUGUCGCUAAGUGUGUGGGUCUGUAGUCUAAUUUUCCUUCCAUCUCUUUUGUUGAUCAAUA